AUGGACCGCCGAACUUAUGAGAGCCCUAUGGAUUGGGAAUAUCAGGGGACUGGCCCUGUUGACAUAACUAGUCCCUUCACACACAUUGCACGAAACAAUCCUAAGAAUAGCAACAUUUUUUCAUCACCAGCGAAACAUGCGCCACAGCGCUCGCUACCAAACACCCAAAUUCCAACUACACCCUCUAGACACCAAGUGUCCGCCCCUUCCUCAUCAUUCUUCACUCCGAGGAUACCUGUUGUGCAGCCGGCACCACCAUUCAGAAACCCUGCGUUCACAACACCACGCCGACCAUUCGAUGAUAUUGCCUUGUCAGAGGCAUCGGGGGCGGAGAGCAGCCCCGCCUUCACAGAGAACUCCGACUUUCCAAACGAUACUCCCGACAUAGAUCGUAUAGGCGACCUAAACAUGGCUACGAUCACCCCUUCUCGAAUUGACAAAGGCCUCCGCUAUGCUAAGAAUAGUAUGCAGCCGAGACGACAUGCUGCCGGCAGGGGUGAAAUUCCACGUCCCACGAAGGAUCACGGCGUUGUCGAUUUUGUUCGGAAGCGCAAGAAGCGCAAUUAUGAUCGUGACUCGGGCAGCUCCCGAAACCGGCAUGGCUGGGUCGAUGACUCUGACCUUGACUCUGAGGACAGUAUAGUGCGGGAGCGCAUGAACCCGGAUUUUGCUGAACAGGCCCAUAAGCUUAUCCGUCUGUCUCUGCAUCUCAUUUUAGUAGGGUCUAUCAUGUUCGUUGGCUGGAAAGGCUACAGCGCCGUUUCAGCGGAUAUCACUACGGCAAACCGAGCAGCGCAGGCUGCCAGACUAAACAAAAUUGCCGAGUGCACAAAACAGUAUCGAGAGAACCAAUGCGUACAGAAUCUUCCGGCGCUUAGGGAACUCUGUGAGCAAUGGAAGAAUUGCAUGACAGACGAUCCGGAGGCCAUCUUCAUGGUUAGAAAUACAAUCAAGGAAGUAGCGUCGAUCCUCAAUGAAUUCUCAGGGAGAUGCAUCUUAAGGCUUGGGGCUUCUUCUUUCUGGCUAUCAUAA